AAAAGCACAUAAGAUCACUUUAAUUACAACCACCGAUAGAUUUUUAAGUGCGAGUUAAAGAGAGUUGUAUAGAGAGAGAAAUGAUAGUGGGAGGGAGGGGCUGCUCAAAUUAGCGUUUUGUGUUUUUGCAGAAGAGAAAGGAGAGAGAGAAAGAGAGAGAGAGACGUUUGGUGCUUUUUUGGCCAUGGCGGCGUUGCAGAGAGUUGUUGUAUGUCUAUCUCUUUAAUGCUUCCCAAAUACAAGCCACAUAAUAGAAGCCUAAAAAGCUAAAACAAAGGAAGGACUUCUUCCCUUCCUUUCGAUCUAUCUCUCUCUAUCUACAAAAGUCUUCCCUUCACCCUUUGUCUGUCCAAGAAAAUUUUACAAAAAAGCUGCAACUUUUAUCUAUUAGCCGCUACCAAAUGCUCUCUUCCACUCACUGUUGCUGUCACGCGCUUAUAUAGUACAGACAAGAACUGUAUUAUUAUUAUUUCUUUAUUUUUUUUAAAAAAAAAAACAAAAAAAAUAAAAUGUUUUUAUUCUUUUCUUUUAUUGUACUCACAAAUCAAGAAAAAGUGAAGGGGAGAUAGGUACCCAUAUCAUUCUGGGGUCAUAAUCAAAGCCAGUGUUCGUGAUCUGCUAUGGAUUGUCAGUCACAAUUGAAUUUUGGAAAAGGCUUAAAGGAGGCAACAAAAUGGCUGGCUUCUUUUCACUAGGUGGAGGAGCAGCUGCAGCAAGUAGCAGCCAAGACCACCAAGACAGCACCAAUAAUCCCAACACUGAAAUUACUCCUGAAAGUAAUUGGUUUUUGUACAGAAAUGAUCAAGAAUUGCCCACUACCUACAGAGGCUUCGAGCUAUGGCAACCUAGUAAUUCCCAGCCCCAGAUUCGCCACCCAAUUAAUCCUCUUCAAGAUCUUUAUCCCACUGCGGCCGUUGGAUUAGGUAUCGGGCCGAGCCACAGCAGCGGCCUUGUGGCUCGGCCCGAUCAUAACCCUUCCUCCGGAGGAUCGGGUUUGGUGAUGAUGAGGAGUGGGGGAGGGGGAAUUAGCUGCCAAGACUGUGGAAACCAAGCGAAGAAAGAUUGUCAACACAUGAGAUGUAGGACUUGUUGCAAGAGUCGAGGCUUUCAGUGCCAAACCCAUGUGAGAAGCACUUGGGUUCCAGCUGCUAAAAGGAGAGAAAGGCAAAACCAACUUGCUACUUUACAGCACCAUCAAGAAGAAGAACAACAUCAGCAACAGCAGCAGCAGGAAACACGGCAGCUACACAGAGAUAACCCCAAAAGGCUAAGAGAGGAUCCGAGUGCGUCAUCUCUUGUUUGCACUCGUAUAUUACCUUCCAGUACUUCUGGGUUAGAAGUGGGGAACUUUCCAGCAAAAGUAACUUCAAAUGCCGUAUUUCACUGCGUUCGAAUGAGCUCCGUUGACGAUGCCGAGGAUCAAUUUGCAUAUCAAACAGCUGUGAACAUUGGUGGACAUGUAUUUAAGGGAAUUCUAUAUGAUCAAGGUCCUGAGAACCAGUACAUGGCUGCUGGUGAAAGCUCAUCUGGUGGCGGAAGUGCUAGUCACCAGCAUAACCUUAUAGGUGCUGCAGGCACCUCCACGUCAGCUGCUACGAGUGGUGGUGGCGGUGCUGCUGCAGCACCUGAAGGCUCGAGUUAUCUGGAUCCUUCAUUAUAUCCAGCUCCUCUCAACACUUUCAUGGCUGGUACGCAAUUCUUUCCACCUCCAAGAUCUUGAUGAGCUUCAAAUAUUCUUCUAUACACCGAAAAAUUGACACUUAGACUUUUCACUCUGUAAUGGGAUACAGUUAUGUUAGUAAUAGUCGUUAAGGUUGAAAAUUUCUAGGGGGGAAUAGGAGCAGAUUCAAAGAAAGGAGGAAAUUGAGGGGAUGGUGUUUAGUUUUCAGUUCUAAUUUCAAGCAUAAUUGAAUUAUUUUAAUUAAUUCUCUUGGAAUGUCUUAUAAAGUUUCUUCCUUUGAGAUAA